UGUUACCUGGUCCAGGCAGAUUCCUCUGCUGUUUCUUCCCACUUACUUGGGGAGGGGGGGGAUAACGCAACAUUCACAACAGUAUCAAUUCGACGCAACUCAAAAGUUAGCCGUGAAAUUCUUUUAUUUUAGACCACACUAAAUAUUAAUAAGGUAGUGUGGUGCAGGUUCUGAGUGAGGGCCGGGUUACCUCUGCAAAGCAGCGGCUCUCCGAAAGGUCUCAUUCGCUUCACAGCUUUUACAGCGGGCUACAUUUGAUCGGUUUAUUCCCUAGAAAGCCAAGAGAGACUGUAAUCAUGUCUGAGAACCCUGAAGAGCAGCCGAGCACCGGAGUCUUGGGUCGUAUUGGCAGUUGGUUCUCCCCAUGGAAGGGAAAAGCUCCAAAGUCUGUCAGUGAAAAUGCCUCCUCAAGUAGUGACUGUAGUCAGAAGAUCGAAGGGGGAGAGGAAAGUGAGGAUUCUGUGAGAACCAAGGCAGGGGAACAAAAGUGGCAAGAGGAGAAUCCCAGUUCUCUGGAUCUCUUCAGAAACAUUCUCCCUUGUGAGGAGGAGGACGCCACGCAGUCUCCCCACAGAGACAGCUCUGUUGUGAGCAGCACUGAGACAGGAGGUCCAAAAGAGGAGGAGCUUGUGGAGUGCAGGAAGCAAAGAACAGGGCUGGGCAAGGAGAGGGAGGAGAGCAGCAACGAUUCUUCAGCAAGUGGGAAUCUUGUGAAAAAUGUCAGUCAUCUGACAGAUCACUCUUCCUCCUUUAAACAGGGAGUGGUAUGGGACUCUGACCGGGUCCACACCCAGACUCACACACAGAAACAAGCACAUGUCCAAACAGGUAAAAAGCUCCAAGUGUACCUGGAGGAGACCAGUGUGAUUCAGUGUGAGGAAGGCCCUUGUGUUGGACAGGAAGUUGUCUGCACUACAGUCAAAAAAAGCCUGCACGUCCUCCCAAAGGCAAAGUCUCCAGCACGUAUUGAUUCACCAAAUAGCUCAAGCCUAACAAGUGCAAAAAAUGUGAGGCCUGCAGUUGGGGCACAGAGUUAUUAUAGUGCUGUAGUGGGAGUGUCACUGAAACCGCACAAAGACUCACAGUUAGAGCCUGAACCUGAAAAAAAACAAACAGAAGCUGAAAGCAUGGGGCGUAAAAAUUCAGCCAGAAGGAAAGUCAGAAGGAGCUCACAGGGAGAUGGAGGAAACAGUCCUCGGGAAAAAAAGCCUGCAAAUGCUCAUCCUGCUGAAGGAUUCCCUCUACCAGGUAACUCAAAGGCCAGCCCCCAGGGCAAAAGUCCAGACACCCACAUGAGAGAGGCAUCUACAGACUCCUCCCUCAAGCUUAACCCCACCUUACAGGCCUCAUCUGAAGGAGGGGAAAGUAAGAUUACCUGCCCUGAUACGGUCAAGCAGUUGGACAACCUCCAGAAUUUAGCCUCAGUCACUCCCGCCACUCAGACAAAUGAGGUGGAUAGAAGUGCAGACAUGGAGGACGAUGACAGCAAUUACAAUGUUGAGAGGAAAACAGAGACACCAGAGUCCAAACGCAGGAGUAUUAAGUGUUCUUACAGUGAAAUGAAGAUUUACCCAAAGUGUGUGCCUUUGAAUCCAAAGAAAAAUGAAGCAGAAGACCAACAGGAUUUCAAUGCAGCAUUGAAGAAUACCAGAGCUGAAGCAAAGGAUGAGCCCAGAACAGAGAUUGAUGCAAGACGUCAUGGCUUAAAGAAGAUUUUGGAGGAUUCUAAGCCAGCUAAUGGCAGGAUUGCAGAUAAAAUCAGCCUGUUUGAGCGGCACCAGCUUGAUGGGGGUCACUACAAGACCUUUCAAACCCCAAGGAGUGCUGAUGUCUCUCCAAGCAGAACUGUGACAGGCAAGUUUAAAGCAGACGUUCUUUUGUCAGAGCAGAGGUCAAGAUCGACUGAACGUUACAGCUCGACCAGAUCAAGCUCUGCGUCACCUGCAAGGGAGAAGCUGAUAUCGAUAAAGGAACGAGCAAAGAUAUUUGCACAGGGUUCUAGGUCAGAAGCCAAAGCAGCAUCGACUCAGAUGCCAGCUAAGACAGGAAUGUCUCAGAAAUUCACCUCGUCUGUGGCAGUUGCGUCAUCGAAGUCACAAGAACUGGACAAUCAGGGUAAACUGGAUACUAAAGAGCAGACAUGUAGAAAAACAAAUUCAGGGAUAACAGCAGAACCAGAUAGACGAGAUAACUCUGCUACCGGGGUACAGAUUUGCAUACCAGAGGUACAACCAACAAACUCUGAAACAAAGGAAACGGUAGUUUCAAAAACAGCAGACCAAGAUACGGAGUCAAAAGGUGUUGAGAGAGCUGGGGAUCCAGAUGAUCCUGCAAAUCUAACUAACAAUACAAAACCACAUCCCAAAGGCCCAAACAGAACAGGCUCCCGCUCUAAAAAGAGGAGAAGUAAAGAACCAGCCAGUCCCACCAGCCCAAAUAUCCUAAACAAACCAAAGGAUGCCGCUGUAAAACAAAAGCAGGUGGAUGAUACAGAGGAGACUCCUAUUGCCUCCAAACAACUUUCAGAGGAAGUCUCAUUAGCAUCUCCUAAACUUCCAGAGGCUACAUCAGACAAACAACCACUGAAUGACACUAAACAGAAGGCGUCUAAAAAGGAAUCAGAGAAACCAGUGAAACAGAAGGAUUCUUCAUUUGAAAAGAGUGAGAUUAAAAAAACAGCUAACAGGCAGAAGGGAUUGCCUGAACUGCCUGUCAACAAAGAUGAACCUGAUACUGCUCCUUGUAGCAGUGGAACAAAGAAGCCUAUUGACAAGGAGCCCAUUAUUUUACCCCAAAAGGAGGUAAAAUCAGAGGAACACAGCCUUGCAUUCACACCGGAAAGAAAAAAUGCCUUGGAGGACAGCAGUGAAACUUCAGCUAUCUCAACAACAACCUCAUCAGGUGAUCAGCCUCAUGAAAAGUUUCCUGCAGCGAAGCAGGAGUCACCUGUUGAACAACCUACAUUACAUACAGAAUCACCAAAGCAGCUUGAAUCAAAAAGUGAAGGAAAAGGAACGAUGCCUGCUAAAGACAAAACAGGAAAAACACAACAAUCUCAAAGCAAGGCCACAGAGCUAGAAUAUCAAGCUGAGGCCGAAGCUGUGAAGAAAUUAGACAUGAUAGGCAGUGAGAAAACAAAUCACAGCGAGGAGAAGAGCAAAGAAAAUACACAGCAGCCACUUCAUUUAGACAAAAGCACCACAAAGGACAAGGUUUCAUUAAAAGGACAAGCAACUCUAGGAAAAGAAGAGGGCAUUAAAAAAGUCAAGCAACCAGAAACCCCAGGUCAGUCAUCAGAAAACACAAGCAAAUCAUCUGCACUCUCUGUUCAAACACAGCAUGCUGGUCAGAUUGUGGCUGCACAGGUAUUAAAAGCUGCUAUUUGUACCAUCACCCACACUGAUGAGGCUGCCAGUGGCACAGAAAAGGAUAAAAACCCUCAGAUAGUAGAGACAGCUACAAAUGUGCCCGAUGAGCAGCAAAUACAGCCUACAGAAAGCCCUGGAACACAAAGAGAGCUGGUGGUGAUUACAGCAGAGCCCCCAUCUGAUUCUCUGUCUGUGGAAAAAACAGAAAUUUCACUCGAUGACUCAUGUACACAUGGAGCUAAUGAUGCUGAAUUCUCCAAGUCAAAGCAUAUUACAGAAGCAACUAUAGCAGAUGAGGGAGUGAGUGCAAAAGUCCCCAAUGGCAGUCCUGCACUUAGUGCACAUAGUGGCACAACUCACAAGGUAAAGAAAGAUUUAUCUGCUGAGGAGCCCUCGCCUGUUUCUGACUGUAAAUCUACUGUUGCAGGAGGCAGGCAGGAUGAUGGAGUAAAAAGUUCCACUGUCCAAUCUGUGCUCUCAGAGGAUAAAAUCUCAGGAGACAAAUUGAAAGCAUCUUUGAGCCACACAAAUGCAGAGGAGUCCAAACGUGCAGAGAGCAGCAGUAAUAUAGCCUCACUCAAGGAUCAAGGAAAAAUAACUCAGAGUCUCUCUGAUAGCAUCACUUCCACCUCCACAGUUAAUGAAAAAGAAAAUACAACGGAGAAAAGAUUCACACUGCCAGUGAGUGAACUUUCACCUGUAGCUAAUGGGGAUUUUUCUUCACGUUCACUCAACAGAUUACACAGAUUUAAAAAGGAACCAGUUAAAGACAAUACAAGUCCAAAUUUAAAAGCUCCAAAUUUCCCAGAGGCUAACAAGCUGAUCCCUCGUACAAAUCAGCAUCCAUCCUUGAAGAGGCUCCAGUUAUCACCAGGAUUUACCCAAGAUGAUUCAUCAACACAGCAAGAUGCCCCCUCUAGCUGGCUGGAUGUAGACUUUCCCAAACGCAAGCUUAAACUCCAAGAGCGUAAACUGACCUCCUCUGGAAGCGAGAGCAAUCUUCUGGACACUUCUGGUGAGCUAGAUGAUAAUGAUUUCGUUGAGAGAAUUAAGAAACUUUGUGCUCCAUUUUCCCUCCCACCACGUAAGCACAACCACCUCCGUACACCUCAGCCCCCCUUUGCAAUGCCAGCCAUCAGAGAGGACCACUUUGAAAAGACGUUUGACCCUGAGGAGUUUACAUUUGGUUUGAGUAAGAAGAAACAGUCCACCUUGGACACAAUUCCAAGCUUUUUAGGCAAGCUCCAGAGCACAGAGACUAAAUCUGGCCAGCUACCUGCCAGAGCUAGUUUUGCUGAAAGGAGCAUGUUGUUUAGUAGCCUGGAGAAUCACUCUCGCCUCAGGGACAAGGAUGAGGAGGAUGUGAAGGAAGAAAAAGAUGAUCAGAUCAAAGUGAGGUCUCGCUUGGAGAGGAGUUGUAUCCUCAGCAGUCUCACCUCCUCCACCUUAAGAGGGAAGAGGAAAGGAAUUCAACCCCAGGCAGAGGGAACCAGCUCAGGGGAUUUGUCACCUGGUGAAGCCCCCCAGCUCAGCCCAUUACCUCUACCCCAGCCAGCCACUCCAAGCCCCACAGCUAAAACUGGAAUCAAAGACAUUCUGGCCAAGCAGAGCAGAGGGGAAGUCCAGACUGCAGAGGCUGUGGUCAGUGACUCAGGUCCUCCACUUCCUUCUUUUAACGACAUCAAGUUGCCGGACUAUUUAGAGAAGUACCUCCCACUAGAUCAAGCAACACCAGUGCAAAGCACACAAGGACAGGAUCAAGUCAAACCAGAGUUUAUUGGGAAAAUGACUACGCUAGUUUCUGGAGGUAAGACGGACAUAAUCACAAAACCAAGUCCAGUGCUUCCUGAGACACUGCCUCCAUGUCUUCCUGGUAUUCCUUCAACCACACACCCUACACUCCCUGAGUUCAAACAGACUUUGACUCAGCCACAAGGAAUAGUAAGAGAUAAUGUAAAAUCUGUCAAGGGAUUUCACAAACGCCCUGGAAAGAUGGUGUUGUUUGAAAAAGCUCAGCUCAACGGCCAAGCAUAUGAGAUUUACAGGGAUGUAGCAGAUGCUUCGUCGCUGCAGCUCUCACCAGUCAUAUCAGUAAAGGUUGUUCGAGGAUGCUGGGUGCUCUAUGAGAAGCCUGAUUUUCAGGGGCGCAUCAUUGCUUUGGAGGAGGGGGGCAUUGAUUUGGAAAAUGUGUGGGCAGAGCCAGGACCAGAGACUGACCCACACAACAGUCCGCCAAUGCAGAUCGGCUCUAUUCGACUUGCUGUCAGGGAUUACAGCAUCCCCCAUAUUGAUCUAUUCACUGAACCAGAGGGCCGUGGCAGAGUAACACCUUACCAUGACGACAUUAUAGAGACAGGCUCGUACGGCAUUCCCCUGAGUACUGCUUCCAUCCAAGUGCACUCCGGGGUGUGGCAAGUGUUCAGUGAUCCUGGAUUCCAGGGCACAGUAUCUGUGCUGGAAACAGGAGUGUACCCUGUUCCCGAGACCUGGGGCUUUCCGUCACCCUUCGUGGGAUCUCUAAGACCGCUUAAAAUGGGCAAUUUAAAAGUGGAGAAACCUGAUGAAGUCAAGGCAGUGGUUUAUGAGAAGUCUGGCUUUGUGGGCUCCUGUGUGGAAAUUGACAGUGAUGUUUUCAGCUUUUGUGAGACUGAAGGAGGCAUUGCUACAGAUGGAGCAAACUUUGACACAAAGAAACUGAAGUCUGUGGGUUCUUUAAAGAUCACUGGAGGAUUCUGGGUGGGCUACAGCCAGCCUGGAUUUGAGGGUCAGCAACACAUCCUGGAAGAAGGAGAAUACUCGGACUGCAGUGACUGGGGAGGCCCCGAGCUUCUCUCGUUGCGACCGAUAAUUUCUGAUUUCCUUUCUCCAUACAUGAAAAUGUUCAGUGACAGAGAUUUUGGCAAUCUCGGAGUCAACAUUGAUGUCACGACGGCUGUUCCUAACAUGAAUGACACGGGCUACGGCAUGAGGACGCAGUCUGUUGAUGUCGCUGGUGGUGUCUGGGUUGUGUUUGAGGAGCCGGACUUCUGUGGUGAGUCCUACGUCCUGGAGAAAGGCCUGUAUGGAAGCCCAGAGGAUUGGGGGGCGCUGCAGCACAGAGUUGGCUCCUCAAUGCCUGUCCUGCUGGAUGACUUUGAGAGCACUGCAAAGUUUAAGGUGCAGCUUUACUCUGAGCCAGGUUUUAAGGGUUCUGUCCUCAAACUGGAGGACAGUGCAGCCUCCAUGCAGGACAAUUUCUCAGUUGCCUCCUGCAAGGUUCUGGCUGGCAGCUGGCUGGCAUUUGAAGGCCAGGACUUCACAGGAAAGAUGUAUGUGUUAGAAGCGGGGAGCUACCCAGAUCUGAGGGCAAUGGGUUGUGUCAGCGGGAGCUCAUCCAUCCUCUCGCUGCAGACUGUUGGCUUUGAGUUCUCAUUGCCAUCCAUCACUCUUUUUGAGCGAUGUGAUCUGCGGGGCAAGAGAGUGCUUCUAACAGAUGGAUCAGUCAACCUCCAGCUGGCUGGAGGCUGUGGCCGUGUCCAGUCUGUGUUGGUAGAAGGAGGCAUGUGGAUAUUAUAUGAGGGUAUCAACUAUCGAGGUGCUCAGAUUUUGCUGAAGCCUGGUGAGGUUCUUGACUGGCAGAAGUUCAGCAGCUGGCCAAAAAUUGGAUCUCUUCGUCCUCUUCUACAGAAGCAGGUUCAUUUCCGUUUAAGGAACAGGCACACAGGGCUAAUAAUGUCAAUAACUGGGGAUUUGGAUGACAUCAAACUGCUGCGCAUACAAGAAACAGAGGAGACGGAUGGGUUUGAGCAGAUAUGGUUCUACCAGAAUGGACAUCUGCACUGCAAGCUGUUGGAGGAGUGCUGCCUGAAUCCCGGUGGCAGUGUCACAAUGGCAGGAAGCAGAGUGGGUCUCACACCACAACCUGACAACCCAACCCACCUGUGGAGUAUCACCCCUGAGGGAUUUAUUCGAUGUACCAACACCGAUGACCUUGUUCUGGAGGUCAAAGGUGGCCAACACUACGACAAAAACCAAGUGAUUCUGAACACAUUUGAUCCAAAUAAACCGCAGCAGAUGUGGGAUGUGGAGAUUUUAUGAACGAGCUGAACUGAAGUGUUUCCAGUACAAGAGGAGACGGCUCUAUUAGACUCGAUAAGGUGCAUCAUUAGAGUUGCUUGACCUUUUCCAUUAGAAGAACUGUAAAAUGUUCGUUGAAGAGAUCAACAUGGAGAAUGAUUUCAUAAGAAUGUAUUAUUACCCUUGUAAACGUUCUAAACUUGAAAUAUUUUUUACCUUCAGUUAUGUAUAUCUAGGUUCAUAUUUUACUUUUCCAUUGGACAGAAUAAAUUUGGUUCUGUGUGACUAAUUAACUUAAACAGUGUUAAGACUUUGUAUCUUUUUAGAAAGAAGUUAUAUUCUGCAUUGUCUUACAUUCCAGCUGCAUGCAUGAGCAAACACAAAAGUCUGGGCUUUGUCAUGUGUUUAAUCAAAUUUUAACACAGAGCUGUUUUACUUUCUGAAUAAAACUAUUUUUGUCAAUAAACAUCUUUAAUGUUUUGCACAGCA